UCCAUCGGAAGGGAAAAAAAGAAUAGUACAAAAUGGGUUCAAUAGAACCACCGACAAAUGCAGAAAACGGCUCACUUACGUUCACCGCCGCCGUCACCGGCGGAGCGGCACAACUGUCUGAAUCCACCGGAGCUCCGGCUGGAGAGAACGACGUCGCGAAGAAGAGGAAGGCCAGCAUGCUUCCCUUGGAAGUAGGUACUCGAGUCUUGUGCCGUUGGAGGGACAACAAAUAUCAUCCCGUGAAAGUCAUCGAACGCCGGAAACUUCCCGGCAGUGGGGCGAACGACUAUGAGUACUACGUCCACUAUACCGAGUUUAAUAGGAGGCUUGAUGAAUGGGUGAAACUGGAGCAGCUUGAUCUUGAUUCAGUUGAGACUGUUGUGGAUGAAAAAGUGGAGGACAAGGUAACAAGCUUGAAAAUGACUCGUCAUCAAAAACGCAAGAUUGAUGAGACACAUGUGGAGGGGCAUGAAGAGCUUGAUGCUGCCAGCUUGCGUGAACACGAAGAAUUCACAAAGGUGAAGAAUAUUGCCACAAUAGAGCUCGGAAGAUAUGAGAUUGAGACAUGGUACUUCUCCCCCUUUCCACCAGAAUACAAUGACUGUGUGAAGCUCUACUUUUGUGAAUUUUGCCUCAAUUUCAUGAAGCGCAAAGAACAGCUUCAGAGGCAUAUGAGGAAAUGCGAUCUUAAGCAUCCUCCUGGUGAUGAGAUAUAUCGAUGUGGUACCUUGUCAAUGUUUGAGGUUGAUGGGAAGAAGAACAAAGUUUAUGGACAGAACCUGUGCUACCUUGCAAAACUAUUUCUUGAUCACAAGACCCUUUACUAUGAUGUGGACUUGUUUCUGUUCUAUGUGUUGUGUGAAUGUGAUGAUCGUGGUUGCCACAUGGUUGGCUAUUUUUCGAAGGAAAAGCAUUCUGAGGAGUCCUACAAUUUGGCCUGCAUUCUGACUCUUCCUCCUUAUCAGAGGAAAGGCUAUGGGAAAUUUUUAAUUGCUUUUUCAUAUGAACUUUCAAAAAAAGAAGGCAAGGUUGGUACACCAGAAAGACCUCUUUCUGACCUUGGACUUUUGAGCUAUCGGGGAUACUGGACUCGUGUUCUGUUAGACAUAUUGAAGAAGCACAAGGGCAACAUCUCUAUCAAGGAGCUUAGUGACAUGACAGCCAUCAAGGCUGAGGAUAUCUUGACUACACUUCAAACAUUAGAGUUGAUCCAAUACAGAAAAGGGCAGCAUGUCAUCUGUGCAGAUCCCAAGGUCUUGGAUCGUCAUCUGAAAGCAGCUGGUCGGGGCGGUCUAGAUGUUGAUGUUAGUAAAUUGAUAUGGACUCCGUAUAAAGAGCAGAGCUAAGUACUUUGGUUAUCAAAGUUUUCUGUGGCUUAUUAACCCUUGUGUACAUGUGUAGAAUAGUUUAAAGUUGGAAAACCAGGUGACUUUCUCUGCUAAAUACUUCAGUCGAAGGAUGUUAUUGGGGUGGAUAGGUAUGUUGACACAUUGUUAUUAACUGGUUGUAAGUUGUAACAUAGGCACAUGUAAAAUGUAGCAUCUACUUAAUGUUGCCAAGAGACCAGAGCCUUUCUUUAUUAUCUACUGUGCCAACACGUUGCUAUUAUGAAA